AGUUCAGGUUUAGAGUUCCCCUUCUCUGAAUCUGAUUUCGAUUUUAUCGAUUUCCCUUGUCGCUAGCAGCGCAGCUUUCGCAAUCAAAUCAUCGUACUUUGCAUUUCAUAAAGUUGCAACGCAUUUGUUGAGAAUCUUUCGAAUAAAUUCACUGCGAUAACAAGGUUUUGUCAUCUACUUAAAAAUCACAUCUCCCAGAUAUUUUCAAAAUGGUAAAAGCAUUGCAGUUCUUCACCGUGGCCAAAGUGGCCACCGUGACCGCGGUGGCCCCCGCGUCGCAGCACCGGGCCACCGCCCAUAUCAAGGCCGGAAAAAGUCACGCGAAAAAAGAGCGGCGCACAAGCGCGAAGGCUCGUGACCAGAAGUCCGCGGCGGUGACGUCAAUUGCGUUUUCCGAGGUUGGGGGGAAAACCAAGACGCAGGAAGACGACCCUUGUAAGAAGUUCGACGAGAACAGUCCAGACAAUGUGAAGAAUUUUCUCCAGAGUCUCGGCAUCGAUGCGAGCAACGAUGAAGAAAAAGUGGACUUUCACGGGCAGUCGGGCCAGGAUUUGGUCAAGGUUAUGGUCGAGAUGUCGGAUCAGGACUACCGCUACAUUCAGCAAACCCUGAUUAACAAAGAGGACGAAAAGAUGAGCGGUCGCGUCAAGGACAUUUAUCGCAGUGAAAAGAUACUACGACCUUCGUUAUUCCUAAGACACGAGCACGACGAUAAUUUGACUUCGCCUAUUAAUUUAUGAUUUGCGACGUUUUGAUCAUGCCACCACCAAAUGGACAUCCAUACCUAAAAGAGGUUUCAGGAUGAAUGCAGAUUUCAUCAAGGCAGAUGGUGUCUUACUGAUGGGACGUAGUAUUUUUUCAGCUUGAUAGGAACACGGUAACGGACAUCGAGACAGCGAUCAGGGACGGAGCGCGGAUGGGCUUGUCGCAGCGUAUCGCACUGCAAAAUUGACAGCCCACAAAAAGAUCGGUAUACUCUGUGUUUUGCAUGGUCAGUAGUGCAGCAUGUGCCGAUCAUGAUCAGCAUUUAUUGUUCUAUGCGAAAUAGGCGAGCGCUUCAGGCGAUUCGAUGACAGUGUAACAAGUUCUGCUCCGCAACAAACGUUUGCAGAUAGUCUGUUUGUUGCCAAUCAGUAUACGAAUGAAGAAAGGCUGUGCUUUGCUUUGCGAUACCGCACUCGAUGGACAAGAUUUUGUUCAAAGAGGGUCAGAACACACCUGCGGUCGUAACUGCAAUCUCUGAUUUUAUCAACAGCGAGGGCCCGGAGAAGCUUCUGCAGGGCUUUGAAAUUAUGCUGGGUGAGGAAGCGGCGAACGCGAUGGAUGUGGUAAAUAUGGACGGCGUUUUGGGCAUGGCGAAGAAUUUUUUCUCCGACGACACUGUUGCAACGAAAUUGUCCAAGGCCGUGAGCGCCCUGGAAAACACCGCGAUCGUGGGCGAAGUGAUGAAUCAAGUGAAGCAGGCCGUUCUGAUUCAAACCGAGAAGGCCAAAACUCUGAGCCCGACGAGUGUCAUUCAGGAGGCGUACAUCGACGGUGCCGUCAGCUUCGCCCAGGUGUUGGACUUCAGCAAGAAUACCGAGUUGCAUGAAAAUGUGCUGAUGUUCGUGGAUGUCGUUGAGGGAAACGAAUGUAACGACGAAAAUGGAUCUCCGAAAAAAGAAAUCUUUACCGGGGCUACGUGUGUGGAGCUGCAGGGUGUUAUGCAGAACGUCUUGGGUGUCGGCAAGGCCCUUGACGAGGCCUUGGGCGGCAUCGUGUCGGCCAAUCUCCUUCUUGGUGAGUCCGGCCUUCAGUAUCCGCCCUUUGGGUCGCCCGUGGCGGAUGUUCUUGCCGGUUUGGUGGACAAGGAAACGGACAAACUGCUGCUGGAAAAUACGCAGGUGAACCAGAACAUCGUGAACAUGCAAGUCGGGAACCUUGCCCAGGACAUGCUCACCGCCACCCUGGGGAAAGAGUAGUGGCUUUUUAGUUGUUGCGUAUACACAAAGUUUUCAUCCUGCAAAGUUUUUUAGUUGUCGCGUCCGAUGAAAAAGUUUUCAUCCUUGUCUUUGCGAGCAUGUCCACGUGUUUUUUUUUGACUGGGCAGGGAAGCCUUAAAUACUAUUCUAGGUCUGUUUGUGUUUGUGAGUUUUGAAGCUGUGAGAAUCUGACUGAUGACACCGCAGCCGUUCUUCUCUGCAGUGCGCACUUGCCACCUGACUUCGUUUGCUUGGCGAGUAUUGGUUGCUGUUUGCUAAUGUUGUUAUCUUCAUCGCUCGCAGGUUCGACACAGUGAAGGCCGCAGUGAAGGGCGCCGUUCCGGCAAUGGGAGCUAUAUUCCAGGUUGUUGAGGACUUGGGGUUGGACAAGAUGCUACUCCGAACUCUUCCGAAGCUUCUACGCAUGGGGUAUUUACUUACUUCAACUUGGCAGGCUGUUGGUACGGUAGAAUGUCAUUUUUUCACGGACACACUAUAAGUUAAGAUCACAAUUGCAUGCACGCCUUGAAAUCUGAACCUGGAUGCAGUUGGUCUGAGCAUAAUUGUAACACGAGGCUCGAAAGAUCCGUCACUCAAAAGGAUUCUAAUGUCCCAGAUUUGAUGCGAUGUUUGAGUACGGACCGUCCUGGAUGCGGGCGAUGGUGCAGAACCUCGGUGGUUUUUCUGGGGCCGUGGAUCUGUUUUUCAAGACCGCGGAGCUGCUGAGUCCGAAGGUCUGGCCGCAGUUGAUGGGGGGUCUGCAGAGACUCUUCAGUGGUGAGUUACUCCAGGACAUGGAAUGCUCCUUGGAGGUUCUGCGCAAGACCCUGUACGUCGAGAUGGGGUGGCAUUUCUACCCAGCAGACGACACCGCGAACAAGGUUCCUUGCCAGGAGGUCGGCGUGCAGUACGCGCACCUGGCCAUGCCCGACCCGGACAACACAAAUCAGGAGCUGCUCGCGACCACGGAGCACGACUGGUGGGCGUGCCGCGAAAAGUGCGCCAACUUCCAGCACAUGCACAACAAGGGCACCAAGUGUACCUACUUCAGCUUCUGGAACGUGGAGCGCCGGUGCUACCUGCAGAAUGCGGACGCGCGCAUGGCCUGGAACAAUGCGCAGGGAUGGGUGACCGGCGUGACGGACGGCAUUGUGGAAGGUGAGGUGAACCCUUCUUUGUCCCGGCGGUACAGCAGCAUUAAAACGAAGAGCAGCAGUCUAUUGGAGGGCGUUGAUUUCGGGCUGUUGGGCCACCUGCAUCACUCGUUCGGGGAGUGGAACAGCCACACCGGCUGGGUCCCGAAAGACGACGAUGGCACCGACGGUGUCAGCGGGAUUACGCUGCUGGAUGAGGAGCUGCUGGAAUCCGCCAAAGGAUCGGGGAAGACGGGUGCCAUCUACCAUCCGUGGAUGGUCAUUGACCUCGAGGAGCCCAUGGUGGUAUUGGGCGUGCAGAUCCAGCGCCGAGCGGCGACGGACCUGGAAAACGGCAACGAGUACGUUAGCAUCGUCCGGGUGUCCACGUCCAUGACCGAGCCCAUUUUUCCGCCGGUCAAUGCGGGGCUUGGCGCAUGGGGCAAUCAGCUGCGCCCCUCGCAGGCUGUUAACACGGCCAUGCAGACCGACGUGCUCAGCGAUGCCGAAGCAGAACGCGAGAAAAAGUUUGGCGAUGCAUCCUCGUUUUUGCAGCGAGAAGAAGCCGAGGAAGAGGAGUUGCACGAAGUGGUCCAGCAGAUGCUGCAGUCCUCCAAUGACACUCUUGCCUCGCGGGAGCAAUUGGUUCGCAAGAUUCAAGAGCUCGAGCACAGUCGCAACGCUGCGACCGAGCGCGAAGACCCCAGCGUUCUGCUGCAACUGCACGGCACGAGCGGCGCGUCGCUGCUGCAGGCCGAGAAGAAGAAUGCACAACAAGGCGAUGCGCAAGUCGAGGUUCUAACCGCUGGGAGCUUUAAGAACGACGGCACCACGUUGGAGCUGUCUCCGUACAAGAUCGGAAACCUGGACUCCAACCUGUGGUGGACCGGCGAUGACAUCGACAAGCACGGGUGGGCUGACGUCCGAUUCAAGCAGCACGUUGUGGCGCGCUACGUGAAGAUCUUCGCGGUGCAGUGCAACAACCACUGCUCCAUGCGGGCCCGCGUCCGCGUCAUGAAGCGCGAUGGCUGCUUCUUGCAGAACUUCUACACGGUGGACGGACACUGGGUGCGCGAGGAGAAGGGUUAUCAGCUGGAUGGCAUCGCCGCUGUAGCGGGAACCCAAGAGGUCCGCGAUCAUCUGCAGGGGAAGAAAGCCGACGGGAGCGUGUUGGAGUUCUCCAGUCCCGACGUAGCCAGUGCAUCUCCCAUGUCUUGCCAGCAGGCCUGCCAGGCUACCGAGGGCUGCGAAUACUUUACUUGGUUUGGGGAACCCGGACUUACCUCGUAUGACAAGAGCUUCUUCGAGCCCGCAAAGUGCUACUUCAUGGGCCGUGACGCCGCCAUUCUGCCACUGUGGGGGCGGCUGGCGUCGCCGAAGAUGACCAAGAUCCAGGGCGUGGAUUGGCUCGGGCAGAGUAAGUCGGUGACGGGGUCUAAGUACUGCCGGUCCGCGCGGGACGGCCUGCACCUGCAGACAAGCAACCUGCGCGAGCGCGUGAUCAUGAACAACCCGCGCGAGUGCCAGAAGUUCUGCUUGGACAUGCCCGGCUGCGACUUCUUCAGUUUCUGGGCGGACGGCGGCUGCCACGUGUACGGUAGAAGCGCAAUCAAGGUCAAGAAUACCUACGAGGCGGCGGAAGUGUACUCCGGCCCGGCCCAGUGCGACGGCGACAAAAUCGCGCCGGAAUUUCAAAAGGAGACGUGCGACCUCACCGCGAACGCGGACUCGCAACGCGCGGUCACGGGUGGUCCGCUGGGCAACCACGGCUGCUACGAGCCGGGGGUGCGGUAUGGCGGCGGAAACCAAGGGGACAGCGUGGGCUCGUUUGAGGACGGUGUGGGGUACCAGUACGGCACAAGCGUCAUCUCGGACAUCUACGCCGGGUCCGCGGAGGAGUGCCAGCUGCGGUGCGCCUCCACGCCGAAGUGUUACUUUUUCACGUUUCACUCCAUGCUGCCCGGCUACUGCCAUCUGCAGACGUACGACGCGCAGCGCGUCGUUUGGAACGCGAAGGCGCUGGAGGAGGCCCGGACGGCGGCCGAGAACGGAGAUACCAGCGCUGCCUGGUACGUGUCGGGCACCCGCGUGUGUCGUCACUACGAGGAUUUCUCAUUCACGGAGCACAACACCAAUGGCAAGCCCGAAGUGGGCGAAGGGAAGUGCCAGUGGCUGGAGGCAUUUGACCUGUCUAUCACGUGCGAGGAUCUGAACGGGGACGACGUUUGGUUUACUGAUUCGUCUUUUGCUGAAAUCACUGCUGCUGCCGCGAAAUGCAAGGACACGCCUGAAGAUGCUGAGAAGAAAACCAAGUGCGAAAAACUGUGUCUCCUUACGGACCACUGCGACGCCUACUGGUUUGACGACGCCAGCAGUUCCUGCAAGGUCUACAAGGACUGCUCCGCCAAGCUGUCGGACUCGAGCGCUACUACCGACGGCACUGCCGGGAAAACAUACAGGUUGGAUCUUUCUUUCCAUGUCGGAAGCAUGACCCUACCCGACGGGUGCGUCCAACCGCGCAUUCCGGCCGGGCAUCUCACAACGCUGAAAAAAGUGGAGGUGGACGACAAGCAAGGUGGAAGUGACGGAGGGGGUGAGUCAUCGCAAAAUGGGAAUGGGACUUUGUCGAACAUGACUUUGUCGGGCGGUGCCAAUGCCACCGCCGACGACGGAAGCCUCUGCUGUUCCUUUACGGAAAUGAAGCACGACGCGGUCGGGGCGGAAAGCUUCGCGGACACUGCGGCGACCACCCCCGACGUGGAGCCAGAGGAAGCGGCAACCGUCCUGGUUUGA